CCAGUUUUAAUCACUGUAUAUUUUAUUAGCUGAGACAUUGUAAGGGAGAAUCUGCACAUUCAUGUCCUACAUUUGAGUCUUUAUUCUUUGUAGAUGCCGAGCAAGGCCACUUUAAGAACUGAACUCUCCUGAACUAAAAAUAAUGCAAAUCCACUCAUAACCAGAGAACUGCAGCGCCUCAUGAAAGGAUAAUAGCCGUUUUGAUGCAAUAUUCACGUAUCAGAUAGACUUUUGCAGCAUCAAACCAUCUGCAAUCACCUAGGCAACAUAUUAAUACCACUAGCUACCAUAGGAGGGCGCUAAGGUACAGAGAAGCACAGUCUCUUUUUAUUUAAAGACAAUUUGGCCUGUCCUUGAAUUCUGAUAAAAUCCAGGAUAUUUGCUAUCACAUCUAUAUUAACAGCUUGGAGUUGUAGUAAAGCAGUAUAUUUAUUUGUUUCUUAUGUUUGGGUUUAUUAUUAUAGCCUAGUUUUACAGUGACAACAGGCUUUAAAAGUUAAUAGGCUGCAGCAAAAACCCCUUUAGGAUCAUUAUAGUAAAAGGCUACCCCAGAUGGCUUAAACUCCAAUGCUGCAACCAAACUGUAAUCCUCUGGAGAAUGCAGAAAUAAUUUCAUCAGGCCUGGCUGAAAGAAACAGACGAUGAGAAAGAAGCAGCCAGAAAAAAAUGCAGCAGAGCUCGGUCCUGUCGGCGUGGUUCCGGCUGGAUUCGUUUUGCAGGCUGUUUGGGAAUACUUAAAACGGGCGCAGAGCCUACACAAGAAUGUGCAGUUUUCAGAGGGGCGGAGACAAGCUCGCCUCGCAUCCAUAGCGAGGAGUAAAGCGGCGUACAGGCAGCCUCACUGUAGGCUGCUGUAGCCCAAGUUUACAAUAGGAAACAAUAAGGUUCUCUCUCGGUUCUUCUGGGCCAUAAUGGGUGGAUGUUUUUCAGCCGCAGAGACGAGUCACACAGCCCGGUAGGCAUUUUUUUCGGUGCUGCUGAACUAACCAGAAUCGUCCAUGGUGAAGUGACACUGGGAUUCGAACAAGUGACCCGCCUAACAUAGUUAGAAGUGCGGCUAUUUUAGAGAGACGCAACAUUGUAACCGGGAGGAAACAGCGCAGGGUUACAUUAAACGGAUCCCAGCCUGCUUUUCCUGCGCGUAAUGUUAAAGAGCACCCUCCGCGGCUGUGUCCCCGUGGGGUGGCUGUGAAAAGUGGACAGUCCGGUUUGUUUUCUCCAUCCACUUCCAGCCUGCAUGGAACAAAGUGUGCUUUCUAAGACAUAACCUGCGCCCGUGAGGUGGAUCCAGGCGCUUCGUAACAUUGCCAGUCGAGAGUCCAGCUUCUCCCGACAAUCAUCAUGAGGACCACCGAGGAGGCAGAGGGCUUUGACGGCGAGGCCUCCAACACUUCCAUGAUCUCCGGGGCCAGCAGUCCGUAUCAACCCACCACCGAGCCCGUCCACUCACGGAACGUUUUGGGGGGGAUAAGGUGCGACAUGGAGUACCUCAAGUCCUACUUUGGGAUUUUAAAGGUGGUUGAAGUGGUCCUUUCACUUAUUGGAUUCAUCUGCAUAGAGACUAUCAUGAUGUGUUCUCCCUGUGGAGGGGUCUACUUCUUCGAGUUUGUCAGCUGCAGUGCCUUCGUGGUGACAGGAGUCCUCCUUCUCAUCUUCAGCCUCAACCUGCACACCAAGGUGCCCCACGUCAACUGGAGCCUAACGGACCUGGUCAACACGGCUGCCAGCACCUUCUUCUUCUUCUUGUCGUCUCUUGUGUUGGCCUGCAUCAACCACAACACUGGAGCUGAAAUAGCAGCAGUGAUCUUUGGCUUCCUGGUGACAGGUGUGUACGGUAUAAACACCUUCCUGGCGGUACGGAGGUGGCGCCGGGGCAAUGGCUGUCAGGGAGCGGCCCAGACCAGCGAGUACAUGCGAGCACGCACAGCAUCUCGUGGAGAAAUGGAGGCAAGACCCGAGCUCGCAUGAGUGCUGGCGGACAAUCAGACGGACUAAAGGAAAUCCACACUACCGGCAGCUGACUGAGGUGGCUUUUCAGAACAGUAUUUCAUUUAAGUCUGGAGAGGAAGGGUGAUCUCAAGCUCUCCACACGCUUUUGACUUCUCAUCAGAACACCUCAGCUGUGCUCGGAAUAAAUCUCAAUUAUAUAUCCACAGAUGAGUCCGUGGCUUUGUUUAUCCUGGCUUCAGUGACACACACUCAGACUUUAAAGUGAAGAACUGAAGGUAUCCUCUGUAAAACUUUUCAUCCACCUGUCUUUCUGAGUAAGUAUGAAGGAUGAUUUCCAUGAAGAGCCCAAAAUAAACAGCUGACUUCACUCCAGCUGUGCACUAACUCCUGCUCUGACGCAGGUGUUGACUUUUUUUUUUUUUUUUUUUAGAAAGUUUUGUGUUUCACUGUGAAUGAAGUCGAGUUAAAGAAGGUUUGUACAGUUUGCUUACUUCACGCCGCUGUCUGUGAAGUCUAUGUGUGAGCGUAGAUCCAGGAAACCACUGGAGCAGCAGCAGACAGUAACCUGCAGCACAACAGACGCACCAUGACAUCAGCCUGUGGCAUUGACAUUAGAUAUUUUAAUCUAAAGGUUACACAUGCUGACAUGUUUGUUUCGCCUUCAUCUUGACUAGCUUUAUAAAUGCCUUUAAUGUGUGACCUUUAGCAGCCAUUAAGAUCUCUGCUGCCACCAGUUAUACAGUAACAGUACAGGGUCAUUUUUAACUGCAGUCGACUGGCGGCACAACGAAAGGUCAACAUUUUUUAACAACUAGUGACAAAGAUUUACUUCUUUGCAAAACAAAUACACCCCACGAGUUUGACAUUUAUGAGACAAAAUAAAAAUGCUUCAUUCCAUCCAUUUCAACUAGGGACGCACAAUAUGGAUGUUUUUUAUUAAUGCGUAUUAUUACAAUGAUCAAAUUAUAGCUGAUGAAUUAUUGGCUGAUAAUAUGUCAAAUUGCUUUUAUUGGCUUAACAAGCUCAGCAUCUAGACUCCGAACAGCUGUGUUCACCUUUAAAGUUGGAUUGUGAUCCACAAAUAAACAGAUAUUGAUUAUUUAAUACACUGAUAUAAAGACAUGUCAAAGUAUUUAAAAUUGAAUUCUUUGGCAUUAUAAUAUGCUUUAUGAGAAAAAGAUGAAUACAAAUUUGAAGAGUGAGUCUGUUCUUUGUUUUUAUUUUGUUAACAAUAGUUAUAUUAACUAAAUUUGGUUCAGUCAGAACUAUGGAAUAUUAAAUAAUCCAUCUUUUUCUCACAAUAAGGCUUUUUUUUUUACCAUGUGUGCAGAAUCUACAGGUUAUGACCUUUUGAAAUAACAAAAAUGUGAAAUUAUAAGUUCUCUUUUCUGUAUCGUCCAUGAGAAGCAGGUAAUUAUCAGUAUCAGAAGAAAAAAUAUCCAUUUUCUGCGUCCCUAAUUUCAUCUAAAGUUGUGUGUAAACUAUCCAAAAAAAAAAUAUUACUAGCAUUUCUAAAAGUUUAAUUCCGAGGUCUGUGUUAGGUCAACACUGUGAGGCAGGAGUAGGAUAUAUUAGGCGCUAAAGUUGAAUUGUUAUCUUGUUAGUUUUGCACAUAUUCAAGGCUUCAGGUAACGUAAAUGUUGAUGAUACAUAAUUUUAAAGUCAGAUCGAUAUCAAUGCCUUCAGCUUUUAGACAGUAUCUCAGGUUGUGACACACUUUUUCCAUCUUUGACUCCAAAAAAAAAAGAAAUUGACAUGAAAUCACAGGGUGCCUCGAACUGAAAGUUGUAUUUAUAAUGCCUUCCUAAUUAUUAGACAUGACAUGAACUGAAAUUUACUUAAACGUUAAGUUAAAUUUUUAAAAAUGAGGCGUUAAGUGACAGUGGUAUUGAAAUAUGGUACUUUUCGCUUUCACUGUAUUUGGUUAGAUUAAAAUGCAUAUGUAUUAUAUAUGUUAUCACACACUUGAUGUAUUAUAAAAUCUCUAUCAUUCCACACUGCGGCUGUUAUAACGCUCAUACAUACAGAGUGCAAAACACAUUUGUCAUUCCUUGAAUGUUUUUUAGGGGUGCACCGAUUGCAAUUUUCUGGCCGAUCACCGAUUUUUUAAAAAGCCUGACCGGCCGAUACCGAUUUUUUUUUAUAACUCACAGCAUACACCUUCAAUGUUUGAAUCUUAUUUUAUUGAAAAACAAUAACACAGCAGGAAGGAAAUCACAAUGUCUGAGGUAGUUAAUAAAAUAUUGAACUUAAAAUAAAUAGCAACGAUUAACAGGACAAACUAACAAAAGAACUGCAAGCAUAAAUAAAGUAUCCUGAGGUUUUGGUUUUGUUAUAGUACAACAUACAUACAACACAGUCAUGCAGAAGUAUGCGUACGUGCAGACGCACUUUCAGACCUUUAUGGAGGUAGAUAAGAUCUCUAGAUAAGGUUGGAUUGACGUAAAAGAAUCGGCCGAUCGCCGAUCCCGCAAAAUUCGCGUAAUCGCUGCACCCCUAAUGUUUUUCUGUUCGGCCAGUCACAACAAGAGACUCAAUCUUGAAAAAUCACGUCGAAUUUUGUUUUUUAAGAUGAAGGAAGAAAUGUCAAGUUACAUUUUGGUGUCUUAUAUUAUUCCAAUAAUGCAUUGAUUUUACACUACAGUUACACACGUGUGUUUUUUGUUGUUGUUUGAGACUUGUUUGUGUAUAUUAGGUUUGGGUGAGUUUGUGCAGGGUCUGAAUCGACUCUGUGGCUCCAUCUCCUGGUCGUCAUCUGAACUGUUCUCCUUCAGAGGACUGACUGACUGAAACAUAAAAAAAACUGUAUGGCUUCUUAAACAGCCUCAAAGGUUUCCACACUAUACAGAAAGCCUGAUUAAUCAGGCUAUUUUUAGUAACUUAUAUGUAUAUGUGUACCACUGCUAUUCCUCCUCGUUUGGUGACUGGAGUACUUUUAUGAACAGACAAUCAUAUUUGUUAUUCUUUCUCUUACUUUGAUGGAUUUGUUUCUGAGUAUGAUGUAAAAAAACAGAAACAUUUGUACAGCGAAAUCAUGCAAGUGCAUUAUGCUAUUUGAUAAUAUAAACUGUCAAAAUCUAUCAAGCUGCAGCUCUCUGUAUACAACUUUAUGCUACAGUAUGUUAUGAACUGUUUCUAUUUAUGGGGAAGAGAAGAAAGUGCUUGUGAACACCAUCAGUCUGACUGUUGGGAUGAUAAAUUAGAGGUGAGAUGCU